AUGAUAAAGCAACCUGAGACACGUCCCAUCAGCCAGGAGCAGCUUAUCGCCGAGGUAAAAGGCAUCUAUGUUGGCCUUGUCUUGGUCGAGAGCAAGCGUAUCGAAGUUGAUAAUGCCCAAAGCUCUGCCAGUGAGAGUGAAUCGAGCCCCAUACUCAACAACGACCGGUGGCAAGCUCUUGUUGCCCUUCAUCACACUUUGCUUCGCGAACACCAUGACUUUUUCUUAGCCAGCCAGCAUCCAUCAGCUAGCCCGGCCCUUCGACGGCUUGCAAGCAAUUGCGCUAUGCCAGCGCGUAUGUGGAGGCACGGAAUCCACUCCUUCCUCGAGCUAUUACGCCACCGAUUACCA